AUGGUCACCACGAAGAGGUUCAACGUGCCGCCAGGGAAUGUCGCCCGCGUGCGGAUCAUUGACACCACCACAAGUAUCAAAACCCUCGAGACACAUCACAUCAUGGGACCGCCAAUGCCUGGGAUGUAUGUGAUGCCAGAGAUUCCAGCCUGGUCCUUCCUCGUGGAGAGCACAAGUGGUCGCAAAGCACUCUUCGACCUGGGCGUCCCACCGAAUUGGCAGGAUUUCUCGCCCUGGGUCAUAGAGCACGUACACCUGGACGGCUGGGGCUGGCAGAUCUCGUCGAAGAAGCACGUGGCCGACAGCCUGAAAGAGGAAGGCAUUGAACCUGCCUCGAUUACCGAUAUCGUGUGGAGUCACUGGCACUGGGACCACAUAGGCGACCCUUCGACAUUUCCAUUACCCAUUCAGUUGGUCGUCGGCCCGGGUUUCAAAGAAGCGUUCCUCCCCGGCUACCCAUCCAAGCAAGACUCCCCAGUACGGGAAAGUGAUUUCAAAGGCCGCGAAGUCCGCGAAAUCACGUUCCAAGAAUCCCCAAGCGCCCUUCAAAUCGGCCCAUUCCGCGCCUUCGACCUCUUCGGCGACGGCUCAUUCUACCUGCUCGACGCACCUGGCCACGCCAUCGGGCACUUAGCAGGCCUCGCCCGCACAACAUCCGACACAUUCGUGAUGAUGGGCGGCGACUUGUGCCACCACGGCGGCGCAAUACGUCCUUCUGAAUAUAUCUCUCUGCCAAAGGCGGUCCAUCUCGAUGCUUUCAGCCAUUUCCGAGGCGGCUUCUGUCCGGGUGCCAAAUUUGAGGCAGUGCAGGAAAGUCGAAGGAGAAGGCCGAAUCAGCCGUUCUUUGAGCCGACGUUCGGCGCCGACAUUCCGCUGGCCAUCGAGACCAUUGGUAAAGUUCAAGUUCCGGAUGCGGACGACAAUGUCUUGUUUAUAUAUGCUCACGAUACGAGUAUUAAGAGUAUUGUAGACAUGUUCCCGUCGGAAGUGAAUAACUGGAAGGCGAAAGGGUGGCGGGAUAAGGUGUUUUGGAGAUUUUUGGAAGACUUCAAGGAUGCGGUGAAGGGCUGA